ACAAUUACUAGAUUGUAGACCGCAUUUUGUGCAGCGGGACCUAGGAGGAAGGCAGCACGAACGAAGAUGGGAGUCGAGGUUGAAACGAUAACCCCCGGCGAUGGAAGUACUUUCCCCAAAAAGGGACAGACCUGUGUGGUGCACUAUGUCGGGUCCCUGACAGACGGUCGGAAGUUCGACUCCUCCCGCGACCGAGGCAAGCCCUUCAAGUUCAAGAUUGGAAAACAGGAAGUGAUCCGUGGCUGGGAUGAAGGGGUCGCCCAGAUGAGUGUUGGGCAGCGAGCCAAGCUGACUUGCACACCAGACUAUGCUUACGGGAGCAAGGGUCACCCUGGCAUCAUUCCUCCCAAUGCUACCCUCAUAUUUGAUGUGGAGCUGAUUGGCUUGGAGUAAAGCCUCCACACCGUUACUCAGGUUUUUCCCUAUUCAUUCUUUCAGGGUCGACUUCUUUUGGGAUCAUGGAUUCGUGCACUUGAUUCUUCAAAGGGGCUAGUGUUUAUAGCUGCACCACUUAGCUUUGCUCUGUUAUCCAUUUGUAUAUUUUGUUACCUUUUACUUUUGUUCCCCCCUGUUAAACAAAACAGUUACUGGUAUCCUUGUAAUCAUUGGAAGUUCACUAUGUAUGUUUUUUUUUUCUUUCUUUCCUUUUGUAUUUGAUUUCUGUUUUGUAAACACAAUAGCAGCAACAGGGUUUUGGCUGAGCGGUAGUCUAUACUCUGGUGGGUGAAACUAGAUGAGUAUGAAAUAAUUAACUUGAAAAUAAACAUUGUUUAUAAAAAUAAAAAGUCUUGCAUGAAUUGGUCCCAAACACAAUCUCAGAUGUGAGUCUCUUAAAACUUCCGUUGCAUAACCACAGACCUGCAAUAAACAAAUCAGUUAUGAGGA